UCUCUUCGUCCUCGAUACCAGUCAUCUCUGCAUUAACUCUCCAUCCCAACACAUACAGCAACAAUGGCAAGGUCUCUUCAGGCUGUUAUCCUCCUGGCCACUGCCCUUUGCUUUCUCUCCUUCCAGGCCUCCGUCCGUGCCGAACCCCACUUCUUUGUUAAGGGCCAGGUCUACUGUGACACCUGUCGCAUCCAGUUUAUAACUAGAGUCAGCGAGUACGUGCCUGGUGCCAAGGUGCGGCUGGAGUGCAGAGACCGUGAAGGUGGAAGCGUAACAUACAGCAUUGAUGGCGAAACCGAUGAGACCGGUUCAUACAGGCUUCCGGUGGAAGGAGAGCAUGAGGAGGAGGUGUGCGAGGUUCAGCUAAUCAAGAGCAGCAAGCCCGAGUGCUCGGAGAUUAGCCGCGGCAUGUUUGCGAGGAGGAGUGCAAGAAUCAGCCUGGCUUCCAACAAUGGCAUGGCCUCUUCAGAUCGUCUGGCUAAUCCUCUUGGCUUCUUGAGGCAGGAAUCUCUUUCCGAGUGCCCUGAAGUCCUCAAGGAACUUGGCAUCCUCCCCACAGGAUUGAUAUAAACAAAGUGAUCCAAGAAUCACAACUUGCUUGCUAAAUAAACAUUGGGUUUUUCUUUUUUCUUUUUUCCUUGAUCCAAAAGAAUGUAUUAAUGAGGGUGGGGUUUUAAUUUGCUGGCUUUGUGGGUGCAUAUGGAAAUUAAAUACUACGCUUGGUGGGGUCUUGGAUUAUUGGUUUGGAAUAGUUUGGUGUCUGUUUCAUUAUGUAAUGAACUCAUAAUUGAGGCAGUGAAGUUACAUACUUAAAUGUAAUGCAAUCCAGUUAAUUAUAAGCGGUACGUUCUAAUA